AUGUCUCCGCCAGAUGAGCGUGUGAGAAUUGUUAAGCCGCAGCACCAGCUCCGUAAUCUGGAUCCUACUUCCAGUGACUGCUUCAUGCAUGGAUUGCUGGAACAUUACACAAAGCGUCCAGAUGAGAUGGAAGGCCUUACACUUGCCGAUUUUGCAGCAUGUAAGAUGUUCGUCGCUACUGAUGAAGAGUACGAUGUGAAAAAAGUAUUGCGAACUGAUUUUUCUGGAAUGCGCAACCGGCUGAUGACACAACUCGAUGAGCAGAGACGCGAAAGGUUCACAUAA